AUGGGCGAAACUAAUGAGCCAGUUAAAAUAAACAAAUGGGAUGGAGCUGCUGCUAAAAAUGCUAUUGAUGAUGCCAUUAGAGAGGUUCUGACUGGUGAUCUAAAAUGUAAUGAAAGUUUUGCACUUAUUGAUGGACGAUUGUCCCUUUGUGCUCUGGCUGUUGGAGUAGCUUUGUAUGCUCUUCUGUGGGAUUAUCUCUAUCCAUUUCCACAAUCAAGAUUGGUGUUAAUUAUUUGUGUAUCAUCCUACUUCAUUCUUAUGAGUAUAUUGACGUUAUACACUACUUUCAAAGAGAAAGGCAUUUUUGUUGUUGCCAAGGAAAAAGUUGGUAACAACAAUACACGAGUUUGGGAAGCCAGUUCAUAUGUGAAGAAACAUGAUGACAAGUAUAACCUGGUAAUUGUUAUGCGUGAUUCAACUGGAAAGAGUCGAGAGGCCUCUAUCAACAAGUCCUUUGCAAACUACAUUGAUACAAAUGGUGCAGUUGUCCAAAAUAUUGUAUCAAAUGAAAUCACAAAACUGUACAACUCCCUUUCUUCAGAGAAGAAGGAAAAGUGA